UAUAUAUUCCGAGUUCUCGCGGUAUUAGAGACUCUACAGCAGCUGCGAGUUUAAGCUCGCCGUUUAUUUGUGGAGUGCUUGUCUUGAGAAAAUGACGGAGGCUGAGCUGUACUCGGUGUAUAAAGGUGUGUACGUGCCGACGCAUUUACAUCCUCCAGAGAGCCUGAAAUACUGCGAUGAGUUCACUUUCCGUCCAGACGACAUCCUGAUCGUCACUUACCCCAAAUCCGGCACAACAUGGAUGCAGGAGGUGGUUCCUCUGAUCGUGAGCGAGGGUGAUUUGACUCCGGUGCUGACGGUGCCAAACUGGGACCGAGUGCCAUGGCUGGAGGAACAUCGGGCGAUCCAGCUCAAUCUGGAGCAGAGAGCUUCUCCACGCGUCUUUGCAACUCACUUCCAUCACCACAUGAUGAACGAGUCUUACUUCAAAACAAAGCCCAGGGUUCUUUAUGUCAUGCGUAACCCCAAAGACGUGUUCACAUCCUCGUAUCACUACUAUGGAAUGGCCUCAUACCUGGUGAAGCCAGGAACCCCAGACGAGUUCAUGGAGAAGUUCCUCGAUGGAAAAAUCAUGUUCGGCUCCUGGUUUGAUCAUGUCAAAGGCUGGAUUAAUGCUGAAGAGAAGGAGUCCAUACUUCAUAUUUUCUAUGAGGAGAUGAUCGCAGAUCUGAAAGGAUCUGUGGAGAAAAUUGCCAAGUUUCUUGGUAAAUCUCUGAGUCCAGAUGUGAUGGAGAAGAUCGCUGACCACUGCGUCUUCAAGAACAUGAAACAAAACAAAAUGUCCAACUUCUCUCUGGUUCCGAAUGAAUUCAUGGACCAGAAGAAAUCUGAGUUCAUGAGGAAAGGAAUUGCUGGUGACUGGAAGAAUCAUUUCACUGAAGCCCAAGAGGAGCGAUUUAAUGCUGUAUACAAGGACAAGACAAAAGAUGUCAAAUUCAAAUUUAUGUGGGACUGAAAAAACACAUGCAUUUAAUCGUAUCUGCUUUUAAUAAACCUUUGGUGCACAUUUACCACAAAAGACAGGUCUAAAAGAGAAUUUUUUGUUUUUUGAAAAUAGCUUUUAAAGACCUUUUAAAUAAAAGACAAAUAAAUUAUUCAUAAUU